UGCGCGAGUCCUGGCGCGUGCCCGCCCUCCCGCAACUGUCUGACCCCGCGAGUGGGAGGGGUGGGUCUGGGAACGUUGCGGCGGCUGUCGCCGCGGUUCCAGCAGUCAGAGCUGUUCUGCGGCCAAGCGUGCGCCUGGAGUCCUUCCUUGCCACCUGGGGCGGCCGCCACCCGCCCCCAGAUGGUGGGUCCGGAGGAUGCCGGAGCCUGCUCGGGAAGAAACCCCAAGUUGCUCCCGGUGCCUGCGCCGGAGCCCGUGGGCCAGGACGGGAAGGUAAUCCGGGCCAUGGGCGGCUUUGGCGGAGGCGUCGGCGCUGUGGAGCCGCCGGAGGAGGCUGAGGAGGAGGAGGAGGAAACGCCGCCUAGGCAGCUCCUUCAGCAUUACCUCGCGGCGGCCGGGGAGCAGCUGCAGCCGGGGCUCUGCUACUGUCCGCUCCCCGCUGGCCAAGCCGGCGCCCCGCCGCCCUCGGCAGCCCCGCGAUCGGACGGCUGCCCGCUGGGCUCGGGUUCCAAGCACCGCGGCGCGGAGGUGGCUGAUGGCCGCGCGCCGCGGCACGGAGGCAUGACCAACGGAGACUCGGGUUUUCUGCCGGGCCGGGACUGUCGCGAUCUGGAAGGGGCUCGCGGACUGGCGCGCGUCGGCGGCCGGGAGUCGCGCCGCCGCCGCCCCUGCGGCCGCCUCCGCCUGGAGGGGCCUGGCGACGAGGACGCGGACGGCGUGGGCAGCCCGUCCGACUGGGCCUCGCCGCUUGAGGACCCGCUGCGGAGCUGCUGCCUGGUGGCCGCGGACGCCGAGGAGCCCGAGGGCGCGGGCAGCGGCUCGGGGGACAGCCCGGCCAACAGCUGUAGCGGUAGCGAGGACUCAGAGCAGCCGGGAGUUGGCGCCGGGGGUCCAGAGGAGGGCUCGCCCCCUGCCACCUCGGCUGAGAGGACUAGUGGGGGUGCGGAGCCGCGCCUGGGCUUUUCUGACAUUCACUUGAACUCUCGGAACACUUUCGAGGUGAGCCGCGGUCACAGCGCCAGCGAUCACCUGCCCCCAGCCGGGCCGCCGGUGCCCUUGCCCGCCGCGGAGCAGGGUCCUGCAGGGACUUUGGCCCGGGCUCGACGGAGCGGCGGCUUCGCGGACUUCUUCGCCAGAAACCUUUUUCCAAAAAGGACAAAGGAACUCAAAUCAGUUGUCCAUAGUGCUCCUGGUUGGAAAUUAUUUGGUAAAGUCCCUCCUAGAGAGAAUCUUCAGAAAACAUCCAAAAUCAUUCAGCAGGAAUAUGAAGCACGAACGGGGAGGACUUGUAAACCACCACCUCAGUCUUCAAGACGCAAGAAUUUUGAAUUUGAGCCACUUUCUACCACUGCCCUGAUUCUGGAGGAUCGCCCAUCAAAUCUUCCUGCCAAAUCUGUGGAAGAAGCUUUACGUCACCGACAAGAAUAUGAUGAGAUGGUGGCUGAGGCUAAAAAACGAGAAAUGAAGGAAGCGCAUAAAAGAAAAAGAAUAAUGAAAGAACGAUUUAAGCAGGAAGAAAAUAUUGCAAGUGCAAUGGUAAUUUGGAUCAAUGAAAUACUGCCCAAUUGGGAAGUAAUGCGUAGUACAAGAAGAGUUCGAGAAUUGUGGUGGCAGGGAUUGCCCCCUAGUGUCCGUGGGAAAGUUUGGAGUCUAGCUGUAGGAAAUGAACUAAAUAUCACUCCUGAACUUUAUGAAAUCUUCCUCUCAAGAGCGAAAGAAAGGUGGAAAAGUUUCAGCGAAACAAGUUCAGAGAAUGAUACAGAAGGUGUAUCUGUUGCGGAUCGAGAGGCUAGUCUGGAAUUAAUUAAGUUGGACAUAUCCCGUACAUUUCCAUCUCUCUACAUCUUUCAGAAGGGUGGCCCAUAUCAUGAUGUCUUACAUAGUAUUUUAGGGGCAUACACGUGCUACAGACCUGAUGUUGGUUAUGUCCAAGGGAUGUCCUUCAUUGCAGCAGUGCUCAUUCUCAAUUUGGAAGAGGCAGAUGCCUUUAUUGCAUUUGCCAAUCUCCUGAAUAAGCCAUGCCAGUUGGCCUUUUUUCGUGUGGAUCACAGCAUGAUGUUGAAAUAUUUUGCAACAUUUGAAGUAUUCUUUGAAGAAAAUCUCUCCAAAUUAUUUCUUCACUUCAAAUCUUAUAGUCUUACACCAGAUAUAUACUUGAUAGACUGGAUCUUCACACUAUAUAGCAAAUCACUACCACUUGAUCUGGCCUGUCGAGUCUGGGAUGUAUUUUGCAGAGAUGGGGAAGAAUUUUUAUUUAGGACUGGAUUAGGAAUCCUCCGAUUAUAUGAAGAUAUUCUCCUGCAGAUGGACUUUAUUCAUAUAGCACAGUUUCUAACUAAAUUGCCAGAAGAUAUCGCAUCGGAAAAGCUAUUCAGUUGUAUUGCAGCCAUUCAGAUGCAGAAUAGCACCAAAAAAUGGACUCAGGUCUUUGCAUCUGUAAUGAAGGAUAUUAAAGAAGGAGACAAGAACAGUAGUCCUGCUUUGAAAAGCUAGUCUUCAAAAUUGACAGACUAAUUGACAUAUAAAAUGUGGUUUUUGGAUAAAGGUUUUUUGUUUCCUAUGUAAAAGGCGUGGAAGAAAAUGUUGGAGAUAUCUAAAAGAAUCAAGAGGUGGAAGACUGCUAAUUUUACAUUUUAUGGCUGAAGGAAAUGAAAUGAGUAACUUAUUGACAGUAUUAAACUAUUAUUUUGUAGGUAGAGUCAUUUUUCAAAGGAAAAAGUUUAAAUGGUGAGUUUAUACUCCACAAUUUGGAGUAAACAGUUUAAUGCAAUAAAUUUUUAAAAUAGCUUUGGAGAU